GGCGAAAGCACUAAAAUUCUUAUUAGAUUCCUCUGGAGAAAAGAAAUCAUCGCGAGGCGUGCGUGCCUAGUUUAUGCUGUUAUGCAGGUCUGCGUUGGCGUAUCCACAAUAGGGAUUAUAUGAUUAUUCUUCUUAUCAGCAGCGGGAAGAAGAAAAUGAGUAACUACAGGCUGCAUUUAAUUUGUAAUGCAGGGGGCUCGCUGGUUGAUGAUGAAUUUGACCCACGGGUAAACUCGAGCCGCGGGCGGAUUAACUAUGCUUGCGGGUUCCUGGCAAGCCUAACUAUCUAUCAGCGUAAAGAUUCCCCGGAUGUCAACCAAGAAAUCCGGUGUUUUUCAACAUGAUAUCCAAGUAUCCAGGAACUGGAGUAUGUGUGACGGGGAGUGUGAGAAGGGAAAUAGUUGUUGAAUAAUGGUGAUGGAUCAAUCAAUAGCCUCGAUGGCAACCACCCUUGCUGUUGUUUUUUUGAUGAAACAGGGGACGCGAUGUGCAAUAAUAAUAAUACAUACAUCCGGGCGCCACAAGAAACAGCCAGCAGCCCAAGCCCAAGACGUAACGCAGCGAGAUAUAUCAAGAUGUAUCAAGAUGUAUCAAGAUAUAUAUCGAUCAAUUAUCUCGGAUGAAUGAAUCAUGAUUUCCCGAUCCAGACAAAGCACGCUGCGGCCCACGUGAUCUCCACACCGCCCCCCCGGCCCCCCGAACCCCCGCUAGUCCUCUUUCGGCGCCGUCUUGACGCCCAUCGCCAAACGUCAACUUCAUCUUUUCAUCUUUCAACUUCUUCUCUUCAUCUCUUCAUCUCUUCAUCUCUAUCUCUCUCUGUCUCUCUCUGUCUGUUCCUUGAUUUCCUUCUUUAACCUCCGAAAACGCUGAUUGCGUCUACAUUCUUUUUAUCUGCUUUUUGUCUGGUUUCAAUUAGAUCAAUUCCACCCCCCCCUCCCCUCCCUCCAAGUCGCUCUUUACCUUCGUUUCAGCCGCCCUGUUGUUCCAUCGUUCGCCAUCCAUACAUAGUUAAUUACUUGUACCUUGCUUCUUCUCUACACGCCCAUUGAAAAAUAAAUAUAAAUAAAUAUAAAUAAAUAAAAAACCAACUUUCGCCCGUUUCGUCUACCCGCCCGAGUCCAACAUUGAAAAGCCAUACACAAACCGAGAGUAAUUAACAAACCGCUCCCAACUCACUCGCUCACUCACUCCCAACUCAUCUCAACGAUCCGCUCUCUCUCUCUCUCUCUCCAACGGCUCAUCUGGCACCCUUCGGUGUCUUGGGAGCUGAGCUGUUCAUGAUCGAGUAGUCCUUUUCGGUGGUCUUCUUCUUUCUUUCUUUUUUGACGAUUCAAUUUCGGAUUAUAUGCCUUAACGGUUUCUUUUUAUCUUCAACCAACCUUCAUGAACUAAUUAUUCCUUUCAAAUGCUUCUCACACUCUUUUAUAUAUAUACACAACCAUAGACAGCAGCUUUCGGAUCGAUCUAGACUCUAUUUUUAUGAUAUUUAAUCCCAUUAAUCUAAUUGUUUCUCGCGAGCCCGUUUCAAUUGAAACACCCUACCGUCGACCAGCAAACGGGAGACGGAGAAAAUGCCCUCUCACCCGUCGAAUGUUCCACCCUUGUCUCCAACAAAGCCGAAGCGCAGGACCCCCCUCCAUGAGCGAUCGAGUUCUCAAACGAACGAACAAAGCUUCCCUCCGACAGUGCGACUGAUACAGGAUCAGGACUUGCAAGAUGAAACCGAAAUAUACUCCACUACACCCUAUCCAACAAAGCCCGAACAUGUCUUGUUGCCGCCAGCGAGUUGGAAGCAGGGGUCGACUUCUAAUGCAGGGUAUAGCGUUUCACAUUCAACCCCGGAGUCAAUCCCCCGUUCCAGUUCAGGUGUCAACCUCGACCACAGCCUUCCAAUUCAUGGUGAAAGGGACAUCUCGGGUGCGACCUCCUCCAUCCACGGGACACACUCAUCCAGUCAAGCAUGGGAUGAUUCCUUAAACUCAAGCAGGACAUCCAUCCCCCAGUCAGUGCCAGGGACUCCCCGGCCUUUGCGCGGUGGAAGGCGGGAAGAAGAUGACAAUUCAUCUAACAGCGAUGGCAUUGCACUUCCCCCCACAAUCAAACGUGUCCCGCGGGACGACUCCCCAUCGCCUCCCGCCCAGUCUCCCGUCGAAUCCAUAUUUUCGGAAUAUGUUCAUGGCAAUGAGGAGUCAAGUCCCAACGUUGCCCUCAUCGGUCUGCCCUCCAGCCCAAACAUUGUACCUAUCAAUACUUCGUCACCGAAUCUAGUCCCUCUUGGACGGUCAUCUCCAACUUUGGCGUCGGAACCUCUAACUGAUUCAUCGCUCUACGAAGCCAACUCGGUUGGAACUGCGAGAAGGUACAUCGGCGCCGGUCAGCGGAAUAACAGUCAGUGGAACAGCAGUCAGCGGAACAGCACCUUGACAACCGACGGUUCGCUCUCCGAGCCGCAAAGCUCCACCCCGUCUCAUUCCAUCCCGUCGAGCCCUCCGAAUGUGCCAUUAAGAUCCUACCAAUCAACCUCAUCGUUCGGCGCCCUUCCCGCCAUCACGCCAUAUCGAGCUCAACCGUCAACUUCAUCUGCAUCCUCAAAAAGUAGUCGAUCUGGUCCAGAUGGUCACUCGCCCACGGGUACUAGUACUCCUAUCCAAUAUCCCACCAAUCGCUACCCAUCAGCUAGCUCGAGGGCCGAAUCGACGAUAUCCCGAUCUUACGUGCAGUCCAUGACGGAGCGUUUUUCUGGCCGAUGGAACCCGCAUUUGUCGACUGUUCCCUCGGAAUGGUCUACCGAGAGAUCACAGAGCCUUGCCUUUCCCGAUCAGCCCGAUGAGAGUUGGCCGAAGCGUCCGGAGGAAGCUAAACUUCGGGAUACUUCACGACCGUCAAUAUGCCCGGUGGAUGAAUCUGAAAUGGAGGAGCAUGGCGAUAACCUGACACAUUUGCGAUCCCCACCACUCCGAAAUAAGGCUUCUGGUACUUUGAGCCACAAGUCAUCUCUCUCCGCUCUGAGCAAUUCAAGAAAUCUCCUCCGCUCGUCAAGCGGCAGUUCAUUCCUCCAUGUGAUCCCCGCUUGGGCCCGAGUGUACUAUAGCACUGGAGCGCAGUUCGCUUCGCUAUUCUCUCCAGAUAGCCGUCCCUCAACACCCGCAUCACCGCCCAUAACCGCUGUCUCCGUGUUCUCCGCAGCAUACAACAGUGACCCGCGCAUGGUAAGCCGGACGCCUCUAGGGAUAACCAACCCCAGACUACGUCCGCGCGAGAUCGAAUAUUCGACCGAACUUGAUGAAUUCCAUGAACCCGAUGAGCCCGAUGAGCCCGAUGAGCCCGAUGAGCCCGAUGAGCCCGAUGAGCCCGAUGAGCCCGAUGAGCCCGAUGAACCCGAUGAACCCGAUGAACCCGAUGAACCUCCAGCGGCCGCUAUUGCUCGUCCACCCAAUCCCGAUCCCAUUGAUCCCAGGAACCAUUGGGUUCAUGACCCUGAACUGGACCGUGUUAGAACCCAAGUUACAAUGGAAGACUUGCCCGGUGCAUGGUCUCCACAUUUGCAUACGGACAAGCGAGUGGACCCCACACGAAGGAGCAGAUGGAAGCCGCCAUCUCUGGAUGAGAGGGCCGAGGGACUUUUCGGCCGACGAAACGCCCAGGUGUAUGCCUUCGCGUUAGGUUUUGUGUUUCCGCUCGCCUGGAUAAUCGCCGCGUUCCUCCCCCUCCCUCCUCAAGUUAGCCAUAUAAACGAGGAGGCAACGACGAGUCGUCCGGAUCUGGCACAUGCGUUCAAUAAUCGUGUGGUGCUGGUUGAUGAAGUGCGUCAUGCAAAUGCCCGGUGGUGGCGGAACGUCAAUCGCUUCAUGUCCCCGGCUGGAUUGGUUAUUAUUGUCGUUGUGAUAACCAUGGCAGUUCUCUUUGCCUAAAAAACAACUCCCCGUCUGCCUCUACCUACCCGCCCGCCGGCCCGCUCAACUACGAACUUUUUUAAUGACCCGAUAACGAAACUAUUUCUAGAAAAGUAAUAAAAAAUAGAGUCGAUACGAUACCCCUUUUCCCCCAAUCUCUCGGAACCUCAUGCUUUCUGUCUGGCUCUGAUCUCAAAGGGACAACAAAACACCCAAAAAAAAAAAAAAUUUCAUUCUCGUCUUUUUCUCUUUCCUCGAACGCCCUGGUGCGAACCGAUCCCAUUCAUAACAUCCCACAGCGUGGCGAAAGUCGCAGUCCAGCAUUGCCCUAUCUAUAUACAAACCAGGAACAAAAAGAAAUUCGAUUUUUUCUUUUUUGUCUCCUCGUUUGUCCUUUUUACAUUAUUCUUUUUUGCUUCUGCUUCUGAUCUAUUAGCGCUGGUGUCUACUGGGGCCUAAUCCUUGUUUUAUUUUUAACCAUACUUUUGUUACAUAUUCAUUCUUGAACUUACAUUUGUCCCUGUUUUUUUUGUUUUAGCAUCUUUUUCGAUUUGUGGUGGUUUUCUACUUUUUAGUUAGUCCCUACCCCCUAUUUGCCCCUCAUCAUUCCCUUCUCUAUCCGUCUGCACCUGGAUAUAUUUCUCACCCAGCCGAGUUGGUUGGCGCGACUGUGUAGCUAUAUUUCCCCUAAACCCCCUCAUAUAUUUUAUGUCUUGACUACUUAAUGUCUUUUUUAUCUUAUCUUUUUGGAUAUUGUAUUGCACCUUCCCCCCCACCAAUCCCAUCCAUCCAAUUAAUCUGAUUCAUCCGUCCAGGCGACCACUUCUUCUUCCGCAGCCCGGGGCUAUCUUUCACUUGUACAUCCGAUCAGCAUUCUGCUCAUCGUACUGACUUCACCAUCCCCCGGUUUUGCUUUUCUCCCUUAGUCUCUGUGCGGAUUUGGAUCUUGAUGUGUGUUGCUUCGGCUGGCUUUUUGUGCGAUAGACCGGUUUGUUCAUGUACAUAACCCAAUGUACAGCGCAUACAUAGCGUAUAUAUUUAUAUAAUAUAUGAUCGUGUUUUCACACAUUCUUUCUCAAAGGGAGUGGUUUCUUUUUUUUUUUUUCCCUUCUCUUUUGUGACUAUUCAAUAGCCCGAAUAGCAAUUUUUUAACGUUCGUAGAGACAUUCUUUUAAUUGAACCCCGGGGAGUAACGAUUGUGAGUCCUGUGAAGGCGGUUAAAGGUAAGUAAGUGAGUUACGUGGCGUGAUAUGCUCGCCUGCAAACUCUCUCUCUAUCCCCCCUUCUUUUGCUCUUUUCCGUCGUGUGAUCCUAGCUGCCGUGGAAAACCCAUUUCGACUUCUCCCAAGCUAAAUAAAUCCUGCCUUAAAAUAAAAAGAGUUUUGUUUUUUAGCAAUGGAAACGCUCCACUCGGCCAGGAAAAUAUAACACCAGAUCCCGCUGUUGAAGCUUAACGAUUGCUGUUUGUUCCUCUUUUGUAUAUAUAUCCGUUGGUCAUAGUCAUAGUCAAUCCGCUUGGUUUUUGAAGAUCAGAUUAACGAUUUGCUGCUGAAGCCUAUAUAUUAUUUUGUAUGGUAGAUGUGAGAAAUGAGGGGGGGGUUUAUUUUU